AUGACCAUGAAGUACUCAGCGCAAUCACUGUUAUUGCUCUUUCCAAUUAUUUCGGCGCUUGGUCAUCAGCCAAUCCAGCAUGACCCUCUUAUCAUUCAAUUGAAACCUCAAAACACUCCAACCCGUGAACUCGUUUCUCUCGAUGGCCUUUGGUCCUUCGCCCUCGCGGAGGGUAACAGUAGCUCCUCGCCCUGGACAUCAACCCUCCCACAUGGUCUCGAAUGUCCUGUUCCAGCAUCAUACAAUGAUAUCUUUGUUGACCGCAAGAUCCACGAUCAUGUAGGUUGGGUCUACUAUCAGCGACAAGUGAAGGUACCACGCGGCUGGUCACAAGAGCGAUAUCUGGUCCGCGCGGAGGCCGCAACACACCAGGGGCAGAUUUAUAUCAAUGAUGAGCUGGUCGCAGAGCAUCAAGGCGGGUAUACACCCUUUGAAGCGGACAUCACAGACCUCGUUUCUGCGGGUGGCACAUUCCGUCUGACAAUUGCGGUCAACAACGAGCUAACGCUCCAAACGAUUCCGCCGGGGCGGAUUGAGGUGACCGAGGGACUUGGAAAACGAGUGCAGUCCUACCAGCAUGACUUUUAUAACUAUGCAGGGCUGGCCAGAUCGGUGUGGCUUUAUUCCGUACCCAAAGAUCAAUUUAUUCGGGACGUUACGGUCGUGACUGGCGUUGAAGAUGGGAGUGGAGUCUUGAAUUAUACUGUCGAUGUAUCUGAUAAGACGACGGGGGAGGUACGAAUCUCUGUGCUCGAUGAGACUGGAGCCAACGUAUCGAGUGCAUCUGGGGCUCAGGGAGAGGCCGUCAUUGAGUCAGUUCAUCUUUGGCAACCCGGUGCUGCCUACCUGUACCAGUUUGUGGUCAGUAUCGUUGAUGUAUCCAACGAGGAUGCAGUCAUCGACACAUAUACGAUCCCCGUGGGUGUACGUACUGUCAAGGUCCAGGGACGGCAAUUCCUCAUCAACGACAAACCAUUCUAUUUCACGGGAUUUGGAAGACACGAGGACACGGCCGUCCGCGGCAAAGGUCACGACCAGGCAUACAUGGUCCAUGAUUUCCAGCUCAUGGACUGGAUCGGCGCCAACUCGUUCCGUACCUCGCAUUACCCCUACGCAGAAGAAGUUAUGGAAUUUGCGGACCGACACGGAAUCGUCGUUAUUGACGAAACGCCUGCCGUGGGCCUAUCGUUAUCUAUGGCAGCUGGCACCUCAUCCAAUGCCAACUCGGACAUCUCCACCUUCUCCCCGGAAGGAAUAAACAACCAGACACGGAAGGCGCACGAGCAAGCGAUUCGAGAGCUAGUCGCUCGGGACAAGAACUACGCCAGCGUCGUUAUGUGGUCGAUUGCAAACGAACCGGCCUCACAGGAAGAAGGGGCCCGCGAAUACUUCAAGCCCUUGGUUGAAUUAACACACGAAUUGGAUCCUGCACAUCGCCCCGUUGGCUUCGCGAAUAUGAUUGCCGCGACAUACGAGCUCGAUAAGAUAUCUGAUUUAUUUGACGUGCUAUGCCUCAACCGGUAUGCGGGAUGGUACACGCAAACUGGCGAUCUAGAGGAAGCAGAAAUCGCGCUAGAGAAGGAGUUGCGUGGUUGGGAACGGAAACUUGAGAAACCGAUUAUCAUGACCGAGUAUGGAGCGGACACGCUCAGCGGUCUACAUUCCGUUCUGGCGACUCCGUGGAGCGAAGAGUACCAGACGAAGUUCUUGGAGAUGUAUCAUCGCGUCUUUGACCGGAUUGAGUCGAUUGUGGGAGAGCAGGUGUGGAAUUUUGCCGAUUUUCAGACGGCAGUUGGGAUCACUCGAGUGGAUGGAAAUAAGAAGGGCGUGUUCACGAGGGAUCGGAAGCCCAAGGCAGCAGCUCAUACUUUGAAGACGAGGUGGAAGGGCUCAAAGCGCAAGUAAG